AGCACUGUCAAGAAUUUCCAUCAAUUUUCAAUCGAUUGUUUGAGAUUGUGAAAUUGUGUUGUGUUGUUUACAAAAAAACGAAAACGUAUUCUCCGCUUAUCUUUUUCCACAAUGAUAAUUUACAUUUGCCUUGUCUCAUUUGUUUUGUGGGUCGGUUAUAAGUUCAUAUAACUUCUUUUAUUCAUUUUAAAUAACAAUGUGAGCUAAUUAUCUAGAAUUUAAACAUUUUAGUAGAUUAUGCGAUAAACAUCUACAAUGUCUACAACUUUCGCAAAUAGAAGCAAAAUUAUAACAGAAAUGAUGAAGUUUUCGUUCCAUCAUAGGGCUUUUUAUUGUUACCUUGGCAUGAGUGUUUGGAUAUUCUUUUUGAUAACAGUUAUGUAUAAAUACAUGUCACUGGGUGAGGAAACUAUAGCCGUGAAGAAGAUAGUAAGAAAUGAAUACAUAUCAAAGAGUGAUUCAAAGUUCCGGAAGAUUUACUUGAGAGCCUGUAACCCCCCAGACAGCAUUGUAAGAGGAUCGGAAGGUGUUGUAGACAGUGACACCUGGUUGCUGCAAGGAGCUCUGGUGGUGACAAGGCAUGGAGACAGAGGACCUUUAACACAUCUUAAGAACGGGGACAAAUUACCAUGCGAUGCCGAACCAGUCUCGCCUCUUCUGAAAAGCUAUGAAGAGUUUGUCUCCAACGCGAGUACGUCGGGCAGAGCGUGGUGGGUGUCCGUCGCGGGGCCGUUUCACAACUUCCCGUCGUUACCAGCGCGGGCGGCCGGUACUCGCUGUGCUUUGGGACAGUUGACUCCUAGAGGGAUACUUCAGAUGGUUACUGUUGGUAAUAUUUUACGAGAGGCAUAUGGAGACAAGCUGAACUUGGAGAAUGUUGAGCCACAAGGGAAAAAAGAUACAGGCGAAGUCCUAUCAUACAGCACUCGGUACCGGCGUACAUACCAGUCUCUAGUAUCGCUAUGGUGGGGCGCGGGGCGAGCGGGCGCGGGGGGCAGGGCGGCGGCGGCGCGGGAGGCACAUAGUGUUGCUUUUUGCUUCCGGGAUUGUGCUUGCGCUGCUCUACAUGCUCUUAGCAGAAAAAUCAACACCCAAGCAAAGAACCGUCUGGAAUCUCAUCCAGCUAUCAAAGAGCUAGUCAGCAAGUUGUCCAAAGUUUUAUUCGAGUCUCAAGAGCAUCCCGACGCUGACGUUGUAAGAGACGCACUCCUCGCCUACAUGUGUCACGACGCCCCCCUCCCCUGCACCGAGAAACCUAAACCACAGACAAAAACCAAACUCUCAUUAACCAAAAAACAGCGAAAAUUUCGACAAAACACCAUCCCCGGACGAAAAAUUCUCGAUGUCGAUAUCGAUACUUUGAACAUGGAGCUGGACUACAUUAAUAACCAAAUGGACUUUAAUAACGAAAUUGGGAGAAAGGCUAGAGAUAUUAUUGGCAAGUAUUACGAUACAAAGCAAAAAGCUCCGUUAGAUUUUGACGCUCAGAUGGAAAGAGAAAAGCUACUAUACUACCAACAAAGAUAUCUCGAUAACGCUGACGGUUAUGAAGAUGUGGUUAUAGUAAAGAAAAAUUUAGACGCCGAUUUCAAUUUCCCGAACGACGCCCGAAUGGACACGGACUUUGACGAAGAUUACAAAGAACCAACACCAGAAAGUUCUGAAGAUUUCUGCAUCAAAAAGGAACAUGUCAUGUCCUUAUUUGCGUACCUAGAGUGGAGUUAUCGACAAGAAAUUAAAAAUAUACAUAAUAGAAGAAGGGGCUUGUUAGUAGCGUAUGGAUUGAUACAUAAUAUAGUGCAGAAUAUGAUUAGAAUGAUAUCUGAAAAUAAACCGAAGUUUGUCGUAUAUUCGGGGCAUGAUAAGACAUUGCAAGCUCUUAUAUUAGCGUUAGGGCUCAACAACUACCAACAUUACAACAUACAAUACGCUUCUAGAAUGAUCUUUGAGGUUUAUAGAAAGAAGGAUUUACGCGACGAGUUUAAAUUCACGAAACGGAAAGCUGUGGCCCAGGAUUUUUACUUUCGAGUAGUUUACAAUGGGAAUGACGUCACAAAUAAGUUAAGUUUUUGCAAAUCCAGACAAAAUGUCGUUAUGAAGGUUGUAGACCCAAUAGAUGAUGUUAAAAUUUACAAUACAUAUCUCUGUUCGAUAGAAAAUAUAGUCAGGUUUAUACACGACGAUUAUUUUGCUAGUUUUAACGUGACUAAUUUUAAAGACGCAUGCGCAAGCUAUGGGAACUCGAAACGUAUCUAUUAGUUUUUAAAUUUUAGCGGACGAUUUAUGAAUAAUUUAUUUUUUGUACUUAUGUGCAGUUUUAAGAGGCAGCUACUGUUUUUUUUUUUUGUAUUUUAGGUUGUGUAAUUAUUUGUAACUACAGAAAUUUUGCUCUUUCAAAGCUGGGUAAGUGGUAUUGGAUUUCAUCGCACAAAUUAUACAGAAAAAGAAAACGUAAGUCACAAAUGAAUACACACAAAACUAAAAUAAAACUUAACGAUAAGUACAGGAGGCAUAAUAUGACAUUAAUUUAUUGAAUAAUUAUUGAGAUUAUUUAUAUUUAGUGUAGCUUUAAGAGGCAUUUUAUUUAUUACUUAAUAAGACUAAUUUUCCAAUGGAGAUUAUUUUAUACAAUUUAGACUUAAUUGAUCUCGUUUUAAUACUAUAUUUUUUUAAUUAAUUUAUUAGUUUUCUUAUUGUUUAGUCUUUAUGAUAACAUUUUUGUUCAACAAAUAAUUUUGCUAUGAAACUCAUAAUAUAAGAAAAUCUAUCAUAAAGACUGCAUACUAAGUACGCCAUUUCUAAUUUAUAAAUAACUGGUAUCAUUAUUGUUCUAACAAGAAGAGUUUAUUUAUGAUAUCUGAGCUAUAUUUUAUAUGGCAAUGUAAACUCUGAAUUUGUUCUUUCAGUACUGAUACACAUAUCUUGAUGCCAUUUACUAACUAAAAUCGGUAAAUUUAACUAUUAUUUUAGGCGAAAAAAAUGAAGACUGCACUAUUUAUUUUGUGAUUAAAAUUUAUUCCAAUUUUUCAUUAUGAAAAAGAUCUCAUGUUUUAUACCCGAAAGCGGUAGAAAGUGUUAUGAAUCUCACUGGUUGAAUGUCAGUCACAUAUCGGUAUAGUUUGUUCUCUCGCACAAAAAAUAUUGAAUUGAUAUAUUAGUAACAUAUCGAAGAGUAUGUACUUUGAAUAGACACAGUUCUCUUCAAACCAAACCAACUCUUGGCUUUACUAAUGAUAGUAAAAAUAUAGAAAAAAACACUACUGUACUGCGCGAGGAAUUAUGGCGCCAAAAUGAGUAUGCCAUGGCGCGAGUCCAUAGAUAGCGUGUGUUUGCGCGAAGAGGUUGUAAUUUCGUGGACAUUUUUUGUAGACCAGCAUACAUUUUGGUGUUCGUCACAGUGGAAUCACGCCUUUACAUGACUGAUUUCACAGAGGCCAAGUUAUUUGAAGAGAACUGUAAUCUUGAUGUGAUGUUGCAGAAAUUAAUUGUUUAUGACAGGAUUUUUUCAUUCCAGUGAAAUGCGUUUUUGAGAUUAUGUCACUUUAUGUACGUAGACGCAAUAUCUAUUAUGGCUAAUGUAAUUUCAAAUGAUAGAUGACCACACAUAAAACUGUUUCAAUCCUA